GGAGGUUUUAGGCCUUCCAACUGUCUCUUCCAUUAAUUUCGUCUCUUAAUAGCUUACAACUCAAUAUCUCAGAAACACACUGUAAAUUCUUCAUUUUUACCUCAUCAGUCAUUUGAUCAUGGCGUCAAGCGGUCACAAUAAUCUCAAUGCAAAACUCGUGUUAUUAGGGGACAUGGGAGCUGGUAAAUCAAGCUUGGUUAUACGAUUCGUCAAGGGUCAAUUCCUUGAAUUCCAGGAAUCGACGAUCGGAGCGGCGUUCUUUUCGUCAACGGUGUCAGUUAACAAUGCAACGGUGAAGUUUGAGAUCUGGGAUACUGCUGGUCAGGAGAGGUACCACAGCUUAGCGCCUAUGUACUACAGAGGUGCUGCAUCUGCUAUCAUCGUGUAUGACAUCACAAGCACUGAAUCAUUUGCACGAGCAAAGAAAUGGGUUCAAGAGUUGCAGAAGCAAGGUAAUCCCAACAUGGUCAUGGCUCUUGCUGGAAACAAAGCCGAUCUAGAAGAUAAGAGGAAGGUGACUGCAGAAGAAGCACGUCUGUACGCAGAGGAAAACGGUCUUUUUUUCAUGGAAACCUCUGCCAAAACUGCUACCAAUGUCAAUGAUAUUUUCUACGAAAUAGCUAAACGGUUGCCUAGAGCUCAACCUGCACAAAAUCCGGCAGGAAUGGUACUAGUUGACAAACCAGCGCAAGGAUCACAAGCUGCAUCAUGCUGUACUUAAGUAUUAUCAUCUCUAUCGCUCCAUUCAUUCCGUGAACAUCACCCCAUCAUUUCCAGACGUUGCUUGCUUUUCAUGCUGUGCUGGUACUGGGUUUGAAGUCAGGAAAAUGGGAGCCGCGUUGUUUACUCUGAAAUACCCAGUAGAAUAUGUAGACUAUGUACUCUUUUGUUUGUUUAGUCUGUAAAUAGUUGGAAUUUCCUACGACCUCUUACCCCCAACUUAUCAUUGAUAAUUGGACGCUAUUACUCCCAAAAAACUAAACUAUGUAUAGGUUAAUAAGUUUUGCCCAAUUAAGUUAAGAUUGGAGCAGCAGAACUCAAA